CUCAAGCACCCGAUGAUGUCACUUCCUGAGGGUAGGGGGAGGAGGCACGACCCUGGCGGGUUCUCCCCCAUGCCCGCCAGGAGCAGCCUAGCCGGGGGGCUCCCCCACCCCAUGGAGCAAGGGCAGCAGGAAGCCGGGCUGGACCCUGGGGCCGCACCCCCAGCCUCACGCCCGCAGCUGCCAGCCCCAGUGCCGUGGGUGUCCAAGGAAGACUCGGGCGCCCCCCGGAGCCGUUACCAGGGAGCCAGGACCAGCCGAUGGUCCCCAGCCCAGGUGCCAUGAGGUGCGCACCAGCCCCGCUGAGCCCACGAGGAGCCACCAGCCAUGCCCGGGAUCGUGGUGUUCCGGCGCCGCUGGUCUGUGGGCAGCGAUGACCUCGUCCUGCCCGCCGUCUUCCUCUUCCUCCUGCACACCACCUGGUUCGUGAUCCUCUCCGUGGUGCUCUUCGGCCUGGUCUACAGCCCCCACGAGGCCUGCUCGCUCAACCUGGUGGACCACGGCCGCGGCUACCUGGGCAUCCUGCUCAGCUGUAUGAUCGCCGAGAUGGCCAUCAUCUGGCUGAGCAUGCGCGGGGGCAUCCUCUACACCGAGCCCCGCGAGUCUAUGCAGUACGUGCUCUACGUGCGCCUGGCCAUCCUGGUGAUCGAGUUCAUCUACGCCAUCGUGGGCAUUGUGUGGCUCACACAGUACUACACUUCCUGCAACGACCUCAUGGCCAAGAACGUCACCCUCGGAAUGGUUGUGUGCAACUGGGUGGUGAUCCUGAGCGUCUGCAUCACCGUCCUCUGCGUCUUCGACCCCACGGGCCGCACCUUUGUCAAGCUGAGGGCCACCAAGAGGAGGCAGCGCAACCUCCGGACCUAUAACCUGAGGCACCGCUUGGAAGAAGGACAGGCCACCAGCUGGUCACGGAGGCUCAAAGUGUUCCUGUGCUGCACACGGACCAAGGACUCACAGUCAGAUGCCUACUCGGAGAUUGCCUACCUCUUCGCCGAGUUCUUCCGGGACCUGGACAUCGUGCCCUCAGACAUCAUCGCCGGCCUGGUACUGCUCCGCCAGCGGCAGAGGGCCAAGCGCAGUGCCGUGCUGGAUGAGGCCAACAAUGAUAUCCUGGCCUUCCUGUCUGGGAUGCCGGUGACUAGGAACACCAAGUACCUCGACCUCAAGAACUCGCAAGAGAUGCUCCGCUACAAAGAGGUCUGCUACUACAUGCUCUUUGCGCUGGCUGCCUACGGCUGGCCCAUGUACCUGGUGCGCAAGCCCGCCUGUGGCCUCUGCCAGCUGGCCCGCUCCUGCUCCUGCUGCCUGUGCCCCACACGGCCCCGCUUCGCCCCUGGGGUGACCAUCGAGGAGGACAACUGCUGUGGCUGCAACGCCAUUGCCAUCCGGCGCCACUUCCUGGAUGAGAACAUGACGGCCGUGGACAUCGUCUACACCUCCUGCCACGACGCGGUCUACGAGACCCCCUUCUAUGUGGCCGUGGACCAUGACAAGAAGAAGGUAGUGAUCAGUAUUCGGGGAACCCUGUCCCCUAAGGAUGCCCUAACUGACCUGACAGGGGACGCCGAGCGCCUCCCUGUGGAAGGCCACCACGGCACCUGGCUGGGUCACAAGGGCAUGGUCCUCUCAGCCGAGUACAUCAAGAAGAAGCUGGAGCAGGAGAUGGUGCUGUCCCAGGCCUUUGGGCGGGACCUGGGCCGAGGAACCAAGCACUAUGGCCUCAUCGUGGUGGGCCACUCCCUGGGGGCGGGCACGGCAGCCAUCCUCUCCUUCCUCCUGCGCCCUCAGUACCCCACUCUCAAGUGCUUCGCCUACUCCCCACCCGGGGGCCUGCUGAGUGAGGAUGCCAUGGAAUACUCCAAGGAGUUCGUGACAGCGGUGGUUCUGGGCAAGGACCUGGUCCCCAGGAUCGGCCUGUCCCAACUGGAAGGAUUCCGCAGGCAGCUUCUGGAUGUCCUGCAGAGAAGCACCAAGCCCAAGUGGCGGAUCAUCGUGGGAGCCACCAAGUGCAUCCCCAAGUCGGAGCUGCCAGAGGAAGUGGAGGUGACCACGCUGGCCAGCGCACGGCUCUGGACGCAUCCCAGCGACUUGACCAUCGCACUGUCGGCCAGCACGCCGCUCUACCCACCCGGCCGCAUCAUCCACGUGGUGCACAACCACCCGGCUGAGCAGUGCUGCUGCUGUGAACAGGAGGAGCCCACGUACUUCGCCAUCUGGGGAGACAACAAGGCAUUCAACGAAGUCAUCAUCUCGCCCGCCAUGCUCCACGAGCACCUGCCCUACGUGGUCAUGGAGGGGCUCAACAAGGUGCUGGAGAACUACAACAAAGGAAAGACAGCCCUGCUGUCGGCAGCCAAGGUCAUGGUGAGCCCCACCGAGGUGGAUCUGACCCCCGAGCUCAUCUUCCAGCAGCAGCCGCUGCCCACAGGGCCCCCCGUGCCCGCCGGCCUGGCCCUGGAUCUGCCAGUCGCCGACCACCGCAACAGCAGCAGCGUCCGGAGCAAAUCUCAGUCUGAGAUGAGCCUGGAGGGCUUCUCAGAGGGGCGGCUGCUGUCCCCCGCAGCAGCGGCGGCGGCGGGGACUUUGGGGGCGCCCCGCCAGGACCCCGUGGAGCUGCUGCUGCUGUCCACGCAGGAGCGGCUGGCGGCCGAGCUGCAGGCCCGCCGCGCCCCGCUGGCCACCAUGGAGAGCCUGUCGGACACCGAGUCGCUGUACAGCUUCGACUCCCGCCGCUCGUCGGGCUUCCGCAGCGUGCGGGGCUCGCCCAGCCUGCAGGCCGUGCUGGAGCGCGGGGAGGGGACGCUCUUCUACAUCGACCCCGCCAUCCCCGAGGAGAACCCCUCGCUCAGCUCCCGCACCGAACUGCUGGCGGCCGACAGCCUGUCCAAGCACUCACAGGACGCCCCGCCGCUGGAGCCCAGCCCGGCCAGCGGGGGCGCCUCCCCCGAGCGGCCCCCCAGCUCUGCAGCCCCCCGGCAGGAGGAGGAGGUGGAGGGAGGAGGAGGAGGAAGAGGAGGAGGAGGAGGAGCGCCCUCUGGCGGCGGCGGAGAACUGGCCCUGCACAACGGGCGUCUGGGGGACUCGCCCAGCCCGCAGGUGCUGGAGUUCGCCGAGUUCAUUGACAGCCUCUUCAACCUGGACAGCAAGAGCGGCUCGUUCCAGGACCUCUACUGCAUGGUGGUGCCCGACAGCCCCGGGCCCCCUGCCCCCGGCCCUCGCGACAUCCUGCUGCGCGCCCAGUUCGAGCCCAACUUGGUGCCCAAACCCCCACGGCUGUUCGCCGGCUCGGCGGAGCCCUCGUCCUCAGGGGUGUCACUGUCACCCUCCUUCCCACUCAGCUCGUCCGGGGAGCUCAUGGACCUGACCCCCAGCGGCCUCAGCAGCCAGGAAUGCCUGGCCCUGGACCCCAGUCGGACUCCCACCCCCGCCGGCCGCGGGGCCAGCCCAGUCAAGCAGGAUGAGCUGGCCAUCUCUGCCCGCUAGCCCCCCCUCCCUGCACCCGGCUGCUGCUGAGCUGGGGGUCCACAUCCCUACCUCAGCUUAGGGGGACCCCCUCAGAGCCAGGGGUGGGGGAGGGUGACUGGGAGAGGCCGGGGGUCCCCACACAACCCCGGGGGCUGGCUGCCUCUAGGGUCAAAGGUGGAGCACUGCCCCUACCCCCACAGCCUCUGUCCUGGCUGCCUCCACCCCCCAGAUCUGGUGUCUGCUGGCCAGUCCCCUGGGGGGGGGGCCUCUCCCCCACCUUGUUUACAGAAACUGCCCAGCUGGGCUCAGGCUGUGUCCUGGGCUUGUAAGAACCUCCCCUUCCAAUCAUGUUAUUAAUUACACCCCCCACACACACCGCAGGGCAAGGACUCAGGACGGCUAUGGUCCCUUCUCUGCCCCCCUGGUCCUGGAUAACUAGACUGGACAGCCUGGCUGGUGUGACCACCCCCACAGGGGGAGUAGGGCACCCCAAUGUUCCUCCAUCUAGGACCCCACCCCCCCAUCCCCAGACAGCCCAGGAGCCGGGAUAUGAAACCCUCUCCUCAGCCCUCCCCCCUCCACCGGCUGGGUCUCCUGGGUCUUCUGCUCCCCACAAAGGAAGUGAGGCCCAAAGUAGAGGUGCUGUGGAGACACACACACACACACACACACACACACCCCGCCAGUGCUGGGGCUUCAGGAGCUGUGCCCCUGGCUGAAUGGUCCCUUCCUGCUGGGUUGGAGAGAUGGAGACCCCGGGGGUCUGUGUGCAUGCUUUGGGGGAAGGGGCGCGUGCGUGCAUGUGCAUGAGGUAGGGGGAUGCCUGACGCCACCCCCCAGCACCCCCAUUACCGCCGGCCCCUCCCCCUCCCAGCCUCCCCCAUCCCAAGCCUGCCAAGAAGACAGGGCCUGUGGGGGGUGGGUAGGCACAGCUCAGUUGGGGUUCCCCUGUCACCGGCUGCUUUGACCCAGUGGUCUGGGAUAUGGGCCUGGACCACCCUCCUGUGCCUUCUCUCGGAGGCAUUUCAUCCCCCCGUCCCCCGUGUCCCCCCCCCCCACCUCCAUCUCCUGAUCACUGGUAUCUAGACCUGCCUGCCCGACACAUGGAAAUAGACAAGGAGCUGGGCCUCCCCCACUCUCUGACUCCCACCCCAUCACUCUAGGGUGCACCCCACUCCAGCCGGGGGCCCCCAAUGCUGGCAUAGCGAGGGGCCCAGAGCAGAGGCUGAAGCCACCGAAUCAGUGAAUCCCAGAGUUAGAAAAAUAAUUAUCAUAAAGUAAAAAAAAAAAAAGAUGGAGCAUAAAUCAGAAUAAACUCCCAGCACAAAGAAGGGCCUGACCCUUUAAAUCCGCCUCUUUGGGGGCCAGGGGGGUUAAACUCCAAGGGUGGGCAUGGAGCUCUUCCCCCCAGGACUGAGCCAUCAGGGACAAACUCCCCGCCCCCCAAGGCUGCAGCCACUGGCGGUUACAGACUGGGGGAGGCUGGGGCAGGCUCGGACUCAGCCUGGGGUGACCCACCCCAUCCCCUGCCCCUCCGCACCUCAGCCCCCCAACCCAAGAAUGAGGCUGCUGUGUGUCUCCCCUUCCCUCUCGUCACACUCGGGGGGGUCUGAGCCACCCCCCUCAGCCCAGCGCGGCUCAGACUCGCCCCUACCCGCGCCCCCCAGACCCGCAGCACAAGUCCCCGCCCCCUCCUCCAGCCGGGCGCUGGUCUGUCCCCCGAGGGGCCUGGGUGACCUCCUUAUGCAAGUGGGGAGCACGCAGCCUGGGGAACCCCACACACUCUGCACUCUGCGUGCCAUUUUGCCCCAUCCUCCCUGACUUUUUGUACUUAAUGUAUGAAAGAUCCAAACUAAUAUUGCUGUAAAAAGGAGACGAAUUAAUAUAGCUUAUUCUAUAAAUAUCUCUGUAUAUAAAGUUUCUGUACAUUGUAUAGAGCUGUGUAUAAACUGGAUGUAGAAGCACUCGGA